AGAACUCCGCAUGCGCAGGAGGGAGCCUCAUGGGAAAAGGCACCAAGAUGGCGGCGCUCAUGGCGAGAAGAGCAGCACGAGGGUUUGUCUUGUUUUCUUCAGCCUCGCGACGCGAAAUCGUGAUCACACAACCCACCGGAGCUGCUGUAUUGUGUCACAGACUAUUUACCUCCAGAAGAGUAGCGCCAGUGUACAGGUUUGCCUGUGCUUCUCGCUUUUCUACGACGAUAUCAGUUCCAGCUGAAGACUCCAUCACGCAAUCCAUUCUGAAAGAGAAAAGUACAGAGCAGGGUGCAGGCGACAAGGAAGGGCACGAGGACAAAAAAGAUGAGAAGCCAAAACGAGAUUGGACCAAAAUCAGUAUCUACGCGACCCUCGCGUUGUUUGGCAUCGGUGGUACAGUCUCUUUCGUCGAAAUGGGGCGACCUCAACGAGAUGAAAAUGGGCAAGUUAUCAAGGACGAGUUUUCUAACGACGUGAUUUUCUUAGCGUACUUCCGCCGAGCCUGGAAGGAGAUGAUGGGUUAUAAGACCAUGAUUGAAGAGCCUAGCCGUGAGAAGCUCCUCCCUGACCCCUUACAGGAGCCCUACUACCAGCCACCCUACACCCUGGUACUGGAGAUGACAGGCGUACUGGUACACCCAGAGUGGACCUAUGGAACCGGCUGGCGUUUCAAGAAGCGGCCAGGUCUGGACUAUUUCCUCUCUCAGGUGGGCCCUCCUCUCUUUGAGGUCGUCAUAUACACACGUGAGCAAGGCUUCACCGCGUACCCCCUCAUCGACAGCCUUGACCCCAAUGGCUACAUCAUGUAUCGCCUGUUCCGAGACGCAACAAAGUACAUGAACGGCCACCACGUGAAGGACCUAUCCAGUCUUAACCGGGACAUGGGUAAGGUCAUCAUCGUGGACUGUGAUCCACAUGCGUACCAACUGCAACCUAGCAACGCCGUCGGUCUGCAGAAGUGGGAUGGUAACAGUGAUGACCGGACUCUGUUCGACUUGGCGUUCUUCCUCCGUACUAUCGCGACGAGUGGCGUGGAGGACAUCCGCCCAGUGUUGGACUACUACAGGUCAGAGGACGACCCACUGGAAGCCUUCAAGCGGAACCAGGCACGGCUACAGGAGAGGCAGGCCAGGAAGAUAGAAGAGGAGGCUGAGUCCAAGAAGACAGUCGCACCUCUCGGAAGCUGGAGUAGAGGAUUCUUUGGCACCAGAAGAUAGGAAGCAGUAGCACUGACUCAGAUUCAUAUUCUACUAACAAUGCAUCACAGUGAAUGAACAUUUUGUACAAGUGAAGUGGUGUCAAAAUCAUUGCCAUAGACAGAUGGCAAUGAUUGAUUCAUUGAUAGAUGGCACAAUCAUUUUGAUCCAAUGUUAUAAUUUUACACCAAAGGAAGCUUAGAUACGAGCACUGGUAGUAUUUGGUUGGUGUAACUUAUGCAUAUAGAAACUGUGUACAUGUAAUUAAAAGUAACUGACUUCUUGACCAAAUGUCUUACUCUGUUUUCAUCUUUCUUCAGUAGGAUUAAUUUCAGCUUUUAUUUAAGAUUUGAAGAACAUGCUGGUAAUCAAAAAGAAAUAUGGACUUUUGUCAAUUUUCAAAUAGACAAUGCUAUCAUAUUCUUAUUUAGUCUGCAGAAAGAGAAAUCAAAUUUGGUAUAGACUUUUUUGCAAUAAGUAACUACUUACUUAUAAAUGCAUAUUUCUGAUGUAUUAAAGCAUUUUGAGGCAAUUCCUUCUCUUGUUCUAGAUGUACCUGGUAUGUAAAGAGCAUUCCUAUUGUUUAUUGGUGUCAGCGGAAACUCAAUAAACUGUGCACUAGUAAAA